AUAAAACAGAUGAUAUAUGAAAGAAAACUCAGGAAGCUAUUUAGAAAAAAAGCUAUUUAUUAAAACAGAUGGAGGUGCCACAUCGGCCAGAAAUGUUUGACUUCCACGGAGUCUGCAUGGUCCAUCAGUUUACUGACAACUGGGAUAAUCUACAGAACUUCAAAGCAAGACCAGAUGAUAUUCUUAUUGCUACUUACCCUAAAGCAGGGACCACAUGGGUGUCUUACAUCCUCGAUCUUCUAUAUUUUGGACACAUGGGUCCAGACCGUCAAACAUCCAUCCCUCUUAAUGAUAGAGUACCCUUCCUGGAGAUCUGCAAACCUUGUUUACCCACAGGUACAGAGCAGGCAGAGAAACUUCCCACCACUCCUCGUCUCAUUAAAACACAUCUGCCGGUCCAGUUUGUACCACAGUCGUUCUGGCAGCAGCGCUGCAGGAUAAUCUAUGUGGCCCGUAAUGCAAAGGACAAUGUAGUGUCUUAUUUCCACUUUGCACGCAUGAACAGUGCCCUGCCAGAACCAGGAGACUGGAGCUCCUAUCUGCAGGGAUUCAUGGCGGGGAAGAGGGCUUUUGGGUCAUGGUAUGAUCACGUGAACAACUGGUGGGAGAAAAAGGAGACUUAUUCAAAUCUUUACUACAUGUUCUAUGAAGAUUUGAUUGAGGACUGUGGACGAGAAAUAGACCGACUGUGUUCCUUCCUUGGUUUGUCUCCGUCAGUUGAAGAGAAGGAAAGAGUCAGAGCCAGUGUGACGUUUGACAGCAUGAAACAAAACAAGAUGACCAACAACUCUGCUGUCAAAACUAUGAACCACAAGGUGUCUCCUUUCAUGAGAAAAGGAAAAGUUGGUGACUGGAAAAACCACUUCACUGUGGCCCAAAAUGAAAAGUUUGAUGAAGACUACAAGCAGAAGAUGAAGAAUCCUGAUCUAAAGUUUCGCUUUGAAAUUUAGAGGCCCCACUGGGUGUGACGAAGAUCUGAAGUGAUGAUGUUCAGACUGAAGUACUCAAACACAUGUCCGCAUUCAGUGCCAUAUACUUUCUUUAUUUUGCUGGCCAGCUAUCACGAUUGCUUUCUCAUUCACAAAGACUAAAAGACAUUUUUGUUAUUUCCAAAUAGACACUCUCUGAUCAGGGAUUGAGGAGGUUGAAGUUUUACAACCCCAGGAAUGAGAAAAGACUCUCUCACUAAUAUAUUCAUAUAUAAUGAUGCAAAUAUUUUUUUCUUUUCUCUUCUCUUUUUCUCUUUGUGAACAUUGCAUUCUAAGGGACUGUAAGUUGUUAAGGUUGUAAACAUAUGCACUUAGAGUUAGUUAAGUUUCCUUUGAUGUAUCAGUGUCAAGCUGAUGUCUAAGAGGGUACGUUAGGAAGUGUUAAGUUUAUAUGUGCUCCAGUCCAUCAAUUCUUCAAAGUAUUGGACACCGAUGGUAAACUGCCAUCAGACCCUAAAUAAAUUGUCCUCUGUUGUUAUCAGUAUUGUUUCGAUCAUUCUUUGGUGAGUGGACAUAUUAGUUACAACUAAAAGUACUAGGAAAAACUAGUGCCCAAACAGGGACUGGAGCAUAUCAGUAACCUUAUCCUGAAGCACAUGCACUCUCUGAUCUGAACCCCCAGCGCCAAAGAUCCUCCUCUCCAGGCACAUUCCCUGCUAGCUUCUCACAGUGAAGACAGUAGCCAAUCUGCUGUGUCUCUCAGCCUUGAUUUUGGGGACAGCCCAAUAUCGCCACAAUAUAAAGAGCACAUACAUCCUAGAAUUGUCAAAGAAGCUGUCACGGUCUGUGUGGCAGACCGUGGGGAUGAGGGGAAUGAGGACCCAAGAUGCAGGACUUUGUGAUGAAGGCAGUGCGUUUAUUUACAGUGGUGUAAAUAGUUCACAGAAUCAAUCCCGUGUUCUCCCCUUGACUUCCGUGUCGUGUCUUCACCCACAAGUCCGUGCUCCGUGCUCUUCCGCUCCUGUGUGUCCCCGCACACCGUGCUCGCUGCUCUUGUCUUCCCUGCUCCUUCCUGGAGAAAAAUAACAAAGAAGCAACUUGUCAGGACACUCAACUACCGCAGGCAUGCACUCACUGGACUUGGUACUACUAACACUAACGUGGAGUCUCACGCAACGAUCCCACGCCGAGGAGCGCUCAGCCACCGUCUUAAGAAGCUUCCCAACGACACUUCAUUAGCUGCAGGUGUGUGAGUCAUCAUCUGCUUCAGGUGUGGCCAUCCUCUAGAUAGGACAGGCCCACCAGGCCUACCUGAAACCCAGUACUCAACCACACUCACAGACACUCCACACCAGUUGGUGGCGGUAAUGCACCAUUUUGCUGUUUGCCAACCGCCAAUAAACCCUAUACAGAAGAAGAAGAAGAACCACAUUCACAGACACACCCACUUGCCUAUACAUACCAGGACGGGGAAUCACAAGAACAGCAGCAGUGCAGACAACACACACAUCACAAUAUCACAGCAAUAAUUAUAGCAGUAGUCCACACUGCCCACGGAGCUGGGUCCGUGACAGAAGCAUCAAAACAUGAUCUUGACGUUGGUAGUGUGACAGGGGUCACUCAUUGCAUUGAGUUAGAACCUCAUGUCCCAUUCAAAGAAGCACAAGAUGUGUUUCGCCCGCUGAUUUCAACGACUUGAAAAGACAUCUCCAAGAUCUUUUGGCAGCAGGCAUUAUAGAAGAGUCACAUAGUCCCUAUGCCUCCCCAGUAGUGCUUGUUAGGAAAAAGAAUGGGGAGUUGCGAAUGCUGGUAGAUUAUCGGAGACUAAACAACCUCACCAAAAAGGAUGCUUACCCAUUGCAUCUUACAGAGGAGAUGUUCACUCUGCACUCUGGUUCAACAUAGUUCAGCGUUUUAGAUCUCAAGAGCGGGUACUAUCAGCUUGAAGUCGAGGAAUGGGAUCGAACCAAGACAGCAUUUACAAUGCCGUUUGGAACAUGGCAAUUUCAGAGGAUGCCUCAAGGCUUCACUAACUCCCCUGCCACAUUUCAACAGACCAUGGAGAAAGUGAUGGAGGGAAUUAACCUCCAGGAAGUUGUGGCAGUUUCUGGACAACCUCAUAAUUUUCUCCAACUCACUGGAAGCGCAUGAAGAGCGGGUGAUGAAGGUCCUUAAGCGCAUUGCUGAUUUUGGGCUGAAGUUACCCCCUUCUAAAUGCAAGUUCUUCCAAACCUCAGUGAAAUAUCUGGGGCAUGUAAUAUCUGCCCAGGGAAUCCAGCCUGACCCAGACAAAAUUGCUGUUGUGAAAGAAUGGCCAUGCCCACAAACUGCCAAAGACCUUUGGUCAUUUCUAGGUUUCGUGGGGUAGUACAGGCAGUUUGUGAGGGUUUAUUCUCGCAUUGUUAGGCCUCACUGUCAUGGUCCUGAGUCCUGACUCAGUGAUUUUGUGUUUAGUGUAUUUAUUUAUGUUAUUAUUAUUAUUUGUGGGCUGGUUUGGGAUGGUUUGUGUUUUGGAUACUGAGUUUCUGGGUUGGUGCUCCCUCUGUUGGUCCCUGGUGUUAGUGUUCCCCUGUCUCGUCAGGCUAAUCAGGUCCAGCUGUGUCUCCCACUUGUGUGUGAUUUCCCAGUCUCCCUCUGUGUAUUUAUAAUGUGUGUCUGUCUGUGUUCCUUGUCGUGUCAUCUGUGUUCAUCCUCUGUGUCACCCUGCGUACUCUGCAUUUCUCCAUGAAUCCCCUGCGUGCUCUCCCUGCUGUCCUCCCUUCAUGUUCAGGUUUGCUACUCUUUGGUUUACUUUCUCCCAGUUUAGUUCAUCCUUAGUUCUGUUUUGCCAUUCCCACUUUAUGUUUGGUAUUCUUAAUAAAUCACCCUCACAUCUUAA